AGGUGCUGCAACAUGAGCUCGUUCGUGACUCUCUCAUCGGGGCAGAGGAUGCCUGUGGUCGGCCUCGGCACGUGGAAGAGUGCUCCUGGACAGGUGAAGCAGGCGGUGCUGGCAGCUUUAGACUGUGGGUACAGACACAUUGACUGUGCUGCUGCUUACAAUAACGAGCAGGAGGUGGGAGAGGCGCUGGCUCUCAGGGUGGGCCCAGGGAAGGCUCUACGUCGUGAUGAGGUGUUUGUGACCUCCAAGCUGUGGAACACCAAGCAUGAGCCAGAAGAUGUGGAGGACGCCUGCAGGACUAGUCUGGCCCAGCUGGGCCUCUCCUACCUGGAUCUCUACCUCAUGCACUGGCCCAUGGCAUUCCAGCGGGGGAAAGAGUUUAUGCCUCGCCGGGAGGAUGGAAGUGUGUGCUACUCUGACACACACUACCGAGACACUUGGGUUGCCAUGGAGAGCCUAGUGGACAAAGGUCUUGUCAAGGCCAUAGGACUGUCCAACUUCAACUCCAGACAGACUGAUGAUGUCAUCAGCAUGGCCCGACACAAACCUGUGGUGAACCAGGUGGAGUGCCAUCCGUAUUUGUCACAAGCAGAUCUGCUGUCUCACUGUCGGUCUGUGGGAGUUUGUGUUACAGCCUACAGUCCUCUGGGCAGUGGUGACAGACCCUGGGCCUCUCCUGAUGAACCAUGCCUGUUGGAGGACCAGAGACUGGGGGCUAUUGCCAAAAAACACCACAAGUCGCCUGCCCAGAUCAUACUCAGGUGGCAUGUCCAGAGGGGUGUCGUGUGCAUCCCGAAGAGCGUAACGCCCUCCAGGAUCCAGCAGAACUUGCAGGUGUUUGACUUUUCCCUGUCAGAAGAUGACAUGAAGCAGAUUGAAUCCAUCAACCGCAAUGAGCGCUUUAUUGUCCCCGCAGUCGAGAGGGAUGGGAAGAGAGUCUGGAGAGAUGCACAACAUCCUCAUUUCCCCUUCCAUGAUCCUUACUGA